AUGGAAUUAUUUUGUUUUUUAAAUUAUGCAAAUGAUUUUCUUGUUUUAUUUAUGAAUAUAAUAGGAUCAAUAUUCAUUUUAAUAAUUAGUCCAAUUUUAUAUUUAAUAAAUUUAAAAAGAAUUAAACAAUUUAAAAAAGGAAAAAAUAUUGUUAUUACAGGUGCAUCAUCAGGAUUAGGUGAAUCAUUAGCAUUAAAUUACUCAAAAAAUGCAGGUGUAAAACUUGGAUUAAUUGGUAGGGAUACUAAUAGAUUACAAAAAGUUAAAGAAGAAUGUUUAAAAAAUGGUGCUGAAUAUGUUGAAAUUGAAUCAAUUGAUGUUUCAAAUCAAAAAGAUAUGGAAAAUUUUUUAAAUGAUUUUAAUAAAAGAAUACCAAUUGAUAUAAUUUAUGCAAAUGCUGCUGUAAAUGAAUUGGUAUUACCAAGAGAAUUAAGUUUUACAGAAAGAGCAAAUAAAAUUGUUGAUAUUAAUGUUUAUGGAUUAUUAAAUACAGUUUUACCAAUGAUAUCAAUUUUUGAGAGUAGAAGUAGAGUUGUUAAUAAUAAUAACAACAGUGGUGAUGGUGGUGGUGGUGGUGGUCAAAUUGUUUUAGUAUCAAGUGUUGGACCAAUGACAAAUUUUGUAUUUCCAACUUAUAAUGGUACAAAAGCAUUUGUAACAUCGUUUGGAUUAACAUUAAGAAAUAGAUUAAUGGAACAAGGUAUUGGUGUUAGUGUUGUUGUACCAGGUUAUAUUGAAACUCCAAUGGCACAUGUAUUGAAACAAGAGAAAUUAAUGUUUUCUGUAACUCCUGAAUAUGCCGCUAGUAAAACAAUUGAAGGUGUACAAUUCAAUAAAGGUUUAAUCACAUUCUCAAGAUCAAUUUAUAUGAUGUCUGUUUUCUUUAGUUUAUUUCCACCAAAUUUUGCCAAAGAUUCAAUUGAUUUCAUAUUAUCCAAAUUUAUUAAUUUCCCUGAUCAUAAUAAACCAAUGUCACCACAAGCAAAUAAAAAAGUUGAUUAA